AUCUCUCUUUAGGUUCAAAUUUCCUAAAUGGGAUACUGCCAUCUUGGUUGUUCAAUUUGCCCUUUUUGGUGACGUUAAGUCUUGAUGGUAAUCAAUUCAUUGGUGAGAUUGAUGAAUUCAAGUCCAAUUCAUUGGAGUACCUUGAUUUGGGUUAUAAUAAGCUACAGGGUUCUAUACCAAGUUCAAUAUCUAGAUUUGUUAACCUUACUUAUUUAUCUCUCUCAUCAAAUAACUUGAGUAUUAUGUUGGAGUUAGAAAUGUUUUCAAAGCUCAUAAAUCUCGAGUUACUUGAUUUUUCAAAUAAUAACUUAGUUAGCAUCAACAAUAAUGUCAUCUAUACCUUGCCCAAUCUUCAACUGUUGAACUUGUCUUCUUGCAAUAUUAUUGAAUUCCCAAUUUUCUUAAGAACGGCAACAACAUUACAACUCUUAGACCUUUCCAAGAACGGAAUUCAUGGUCAAGUUCCAAGAUGGUUGGGGGAUGUGGGGAGGGAUUCAUUAUAUUUUCUUGAUCUUCGGGAUAACUUGCUUCAAGGACCAUUUCCCAUUCUAAAUUUUCUUACUCUGAAAUAUCUGUUUGUCUCCAAUAACAAAUUAACUGGAGAAAUCUCUUCUUCAAUUUGCAAUGCAAGUUACCUUGAAGUCCUAGACUUGUCCCAUAACAAUUUAAGUGGCAUGAUUCCUAAGUGUUUGGUACACUCUAAACUCCUCUUAAUGUUGGAUUUGCGAAUGAAUAGCCUUCAUGGUACCAUCCUUGCAACAUUUUCCAAAGGAAAUAAUUUUAGGAAUAUUUACCUUAAUGGCAAUCAAUUGGAAGGGCCAUUGCCACGAUCUUUGGCAAAUUGUAGGAACUUGGAAGUUCUAGAUCUUGGAAGUAAUAAGAUAAAUGGAACCUUCCCUUAUUGGUUGGAAGGUCUUUUAAAUUUGCGGGUUCUUGUCUUAAGAUCAAACAAAUUUCAAGGUUGUAUAGGCAAUCCUAGGACCAAAUUUCCUUUCCCAAAUUUGCGAAUCCUAGACAUCUCUAACAAUGAGUUUAAUGGUCCUUUGUCAAUAAAAUAUUUCAAAUAUUUGAAAGCCAUGACAAAUGUGGAUGAAGAAAAAGUUGCGUUGAAAUAUAUGGGAGAGGAGUACUAUCAGGAUUCUUUGAAUGUGAUGAUGAAAGGAAAUUAUAUUGAGUUGGUGAGAAUCCAAACUGUCUUCACGACCAUUGAUUUUUCAAAUAAUAACUUCAAAGGAAAGAUGCCAAAGAUAAUUGGGAGGCUAAAAUUACUGAAAGGGCUCAACUUUUCUCACAAUAACCUUACAGGUUAUAUUCCAUCAUCAUUUGGAAAUUUGAAAAAUCUUGAAUGGUUAGACCUCUCUUUCAACAAGCUUAUCGGGGAGAUUCCUGGGCAAUUGGCAGAUCUACCAUGGCUUGAAGUCUUAAAGUUGUCACAUAACCAACUUACAGGACACAUACCUUCAGGAAAGCAAUUCAAUACAUUUGAUAAUGAUUCAUACACUGAAAACCUAGGAUUAUGUGGCUUUCCAUUGUCAAGAAUAUGCAACAACCAUGAGGCAAAGAAACCACCACCAUUGACCUUACAACAGGAAGACAAUUUAGAGACUGACAAUGGGUUUGGUUGGCAAGCUGUAUUGAUGGGUUAUGGAUGUGGAGUGAUAUUUGGAAUGAUGAUGGGAUAUCUUAUGUUUAAAAUUGGAAAACCAAAGUGGAUUGUAAGGAUGGUCAAGUUAGAGCAACAUAUCAUACUUCAAAGGUUGAAGAAGAAUGCCCAAAGACAUGGUGGAAAAAAAUAACUAGUCAAGACAAUUUGUGGUUGGUUUUGCUAUAGUUUUUCAAGAAGGUUUCCAAGACAUGUUGUACUAUGUUGUGAUAUGUCGAAAUCACUUUGAUUUCAUAAAAUGGUUGGGAGUCUUUGUAGAAUGCAUCUGUUGUGGGUCUUCCUCGUUUCUAGAUCGAUGGGAUUUUCAACCAAGGAGGAGAUUUUGGACAUGCAAGAAUCUAACUUUGACUGCAAAAAAGAAAUCAACUCUGAAUCUGACACAAAUGGCAAAGCCUAGUAGAAAGUAGAACUCUCCUCCAGCCCCGUCCAUGUGGCAGGACUAGGCAAAAGAAGAAGCCUCUCUAAACACUCACUUCUUCAUCAUCCUCAUUCACUCUCUUCUUCUUCAUUUUUUAUCAAUGGAGACAGCGCAAAAUUGUGAUUUAGGAGAAUAUCAAUCUUUUUUCAUGGUCCCUAAAGACACAGGACACCAGUCUUUACCAAGGUAUGCUUCCCUCUUUGGUUUCAUCUUUAGGUGCCAUUGUCACUUUCUUCCCUCUUUUUUUCUAAAUUCAAAGGCUCAUUCAAAGGGAAAUCAAGAUGCUGGGCUUUGUAAUUAUUAUUUAUAAAAUUAGAGUUUGAUUUGUAUGAUUUAUUUAUUCUAAUGCAGCUGGUUAGCAUUGUUGUUGUUAAAGUAAUUGUAAGGUUCAAGGUUGUUUCCUCCGAUGUUUCAAAACAUAUCAAUAACCUCUGUGCUCUUGAACUUAAAUAGAUCAAGACCUCUAUGUUUAACACUAAGGUCCUAUUUCUCUCUUUAUUG